AAAAACGUGAUUUUCAAACGCUUGUGAAAUCUCUGCUGGAGCCUGGGUCACUCUUUAUCGUGUGCUUCUUACUGCCGAAACUUGAGUGUUUUAAGUUUUCAAACAAGAAGUGAUGUCAGUGCAGACAAUUCUUCUGGACUUCUCCAUCGACCCUGAGCGCCUGGGCGAUGAGGUUUCUCGCAAGGAAGUGCGCAAGAGGAUCGAAGAGGCCCUGGAAUCAUACCUUCCCGGCCUCCGGUUCUCCUACGAUAUGAUCACGGAGGAUGGCUAUUUCUGCGUGUACAUGGACAAGACGGGCGUUGUCGUGAGCGUGCGCUUCUUCGUGAGCCAGGGCCUCAUCACGGUAAACGUGGAGUACUUCAAAGCGAACACUGAGCAGCCUCGCGUGAGCCUGGAAAGUAUAAAGUCACUGGAAAAUAGUUUGCGAAAUUAUUUGGGAUCAGAACGUUCGAAACAUUUGCCGCCGAUAAAGCGAGGCACAUAUAUUGAUGUGUAUUUAACAAGUUCAGAUGAGCGCCUGAUUGAGUAUGACAUUGACAAGAUGGUGUUCGAGAAGAGAUCACCCUUCCAGAAGGUCCAGAUAGUUCACUCGAAAGUCCUGGGCAAUAUGCUGGUUCUGGAUGAGUUGCAAAAUCUUGCCGAGGCUGAUUUAAUCUACACUGAGACGCUGAUGAUGCGCGGUGUUGAGCAGUACGAAGGCAAAGAGAUCUGCAUUCUGGGCGGAGGCGAUGGUGCUCUGCUCUAUGAAUUGCUGAAGGAGAAGCCAAAAUUCGUCACAAUGCUGGAGAUUGACGAUGUCGUCAUGCAGGCGUGCAAUGAACAUCUGAAAUCGAUCUGUGGAGAUGUUCUGGAGCGGCGAAGAGGCCCCAAUUUCGACAUAAUUGUGGGCGAUUGCAUGGUUGCUCUGCAGAAGUAUAUAAAGGAGGGUCGCAAAUUCGACUAUGUCUUCGGAGAUCUCACGGAUGUGCCCAUUUCGCCCACGCCGACGGGAGAAUUGUGGGAUUUCAUCCGGACAUUCCUCGAAGCUUCCUUCAAAGUGCUUAAGCCAAGUGGAAAAUUUAUGACUCAUGCAAACGGAUCCAAUUGUCCGGAAGCGCUGAGGAUGUACGAGAACGAGUUGAACAAGCUCGAUCCAACUGUAAAGUAUACAACUAGCAAGGCUUUCGUGCCGUCUUUCAUGGAGGAAUGGAAUUUCUACCAAGUUUCCUUCGCUUGAUGGCAGAGUUUCACAC